AUGUCAGAUUUGUCGUUAAUUCUCGAUCGUGUCGAACAAAAAAGACCUUUUUAUUUGUAUACUGGUCGUGGUCCAAGUAGCGGAAGUCUUCAUAUAGGCCAUCUCAUUCCUUUUCUUUUUACUAGAUUUCUACAGGACGCAUUCAAUGUACCUGUUAUUAUUCAGGUAACGGACGAUGAAAAAUUACUGUGGAAAGGUAUCACGUUAGACGAAGCGAGAAAAAUGGCCAAUGAAAAUAUCAAAGACAUUAUUGCUUGUGGUUUCAGUCCAGAUCAAACAUUCAUAUUUACUAACUCACAAUAUAUGUGUCCGGCGUUUUAUGGAAAUGUCUUAAAGAUCUGGAACUUGGUUACGAAUAACCAAGUUAGAGGAAUAUUUGGUAUCACUGGCGAAGAUUCAAUCGGAAAAAUUGCUUUUCCAGCUUUGGAAGCAGCACCAUGCUUCAGCAAUAGUUUUCCUGAAAUUUUCAAUGGAAGAACGGACAUUCCUUGCAUCAUACCUGCUGCUAUAGACCAGGAUCCAUAUUUUCGAAUGACAAGAGAUGUUGCUCCACGUUUACUUUAUCCAAAACCUGCUAUGAUUUAUAGUUCAUUUUUGCCUGCACUGCAGGGUGCGCAAUCUAAAAUGGCUGCUUCUGAAGCGAAUUCUUGUAUUUAUGUGGAUGAUACACCGAAGCAGAUAAAGAAUAAGAUCAACAAAUAUGCAUUUAGUGGUGGAAGGGAUACAGUAGAAGAGCAUCGUAAGUUUGGCGGAAAUUGUGAGGUCGAUAUAUCAUUCCAAUUUCUUCGAUAUUUUAUGGAAGAUGAUGAUAAGCUUGAAAAUAUCCGAAAGCUGUAUACAAGUGGCGAUCUUUUAUCAGGUGAACUGAAGGCAUUAGCAAUAAACGAAAUUCAAAAAAUUAUUGGAGAAAUACAAACUGAACGGAAGAAAAUCAGUGAUGAAACGGUGAAAAAAUUUGCGGCUGUAAGGAAACUUAAGAAUGAUUAUUAA